AUGGCGGCCUUCGUGCUGACGCUCGUCCUGUUGCUUUUGCUACCUGGUGUGUCCGUUGCAAUAAAUAUAACUCUCAGAUGCUGGGAAGAUGUCACUGAAUUCCUGUCUGAUUUGAAUGCUGAAAAACCCAAAGCUUAUGCUAUAAAGAUGUAUGAUUCCAUUGGGAAACUCAGCAGCAACGUCCUUGGUGGGAAUAUGGACAGGCUGGGGUCUUAUACGGAAUGUGUUUCCGCUGAGGCUCCUUCCGGAAGAUUCCGAGGGCAGUACUGCAAACUCCAAGUACAGCAGGACAGAAUGGAUUACUACAGUGGAAUAUGUGUCCCCAGUUCCUGCCAAGAAGAAGAAAUUACAGCACUAGCUGUACUAGAUGUAUUUAAAUUCAAGACCACCUCUUUUCUUUCGCCUUUGCCAUCUCUGUUUGCUCUGAAUUCCACGGUCUCAUUCACGACGGUGGCCAGAUGCGCCAAGGAACGUUUCCCCAUCGAUGCAUUUGUGACUGUUUGUUUGUUUAUUAGCGUUUUCAUCAUCACCUUGCCAGCCGCUGGAACCAUUUACAGUGCUGAUGUAUGGACGGCGGCUAAGCGCACUGAAUUGCCAACACAGAGCUUGCCUUCUGCGAAUUACGGGAGCACGUCUUCAACUGAAAACGAUACGAGUAAAUCAAAAGCAGAAAGAAAACAUGGUCGUGAACCUGGAUCAACGUUGCCGGCUGUAUCGGAUGGUUCGAAGCCAAAUAAUGUGUUGGAAUGGGAAGCUAAAGUGCUAAAAAAUCCUAUUUACAUUUAUUCUCGAAGUGGACCAUUUUAUUUAGGUGUUGACACAUUUUUCCUCAUCAGUGGUUUAUUGAGCACGCGGUCUUUCUUGAACAUGCUGAAUCGCUCAGAAAAAAAGAUCCCAUUUCAGAUCACACUGAAGUUUCUAUGCAACCGACUUCUCCGACUUCAGCCGCUCCAUAUGUAUUCGGUGUGUCUUUUAGUUGGGUUGUAUUCCAUCACUCCUUGGGGAGCAUUAUGGGAGCUCUCGAAACUUGAGGUGGAUAACUGUAGAAGAGCAUGGUGGGCCAACCUAAUGCUGGUUAACAACUUCAUCGCUGGACCCGAGGCAUGCAAUGGAUGGACAUGGUAUCUUGCAAAUGACUUCCAGUUCUAUUUCACAACACCUCUGCUGGUCUUUUUCUCCACUAGAAGUAAACACUGGUUUAUCGUCUUAGGGACUUUUCUAUUCCUGGCCUCCUUCACAGUUACAGCCUUGCUGUCAUCAUUCUACAGGCUUCCUGUUGCAAAUCCACAGGAUAUGAGGAAAACAUCCACAGUGAUGUAUUUCAUGGAGUAUUAUUCAAAGCCUUACUGCCGAUAUGGUCCGUUUCUAGUUGGUAUCCUUCUAGGACUAUUCAUGUACCAUCAGCAAACACCGAUCCUGAGAACCAAGGUACAGGCUGCUGCCGGGUGGCUCUGUGCAAUGUUUUCCAUGUUCAUGGUGGUGGCAUUGGCCUAUACAUUAGAAGAUAUCUCAAACCCCUAUUCGCCCAUCACGGCCAUUUACCAAGCCGUUCACCGGACCAUUUGGGCAAUUGCUGUGGGGUGGAUCGUUUUUGCAAGUGAGGAAGGCUACGGAGGGUUCAUCAACUGGAUCCUUUCAUGGGGCGUUUGGACUGUGGUCGCAAAAAUCAGCUACGCCUGCUAUUUAGUGCAUCCCAUGUUAAUUCUACUGUAUAAUGGACUACAGGAAACAUUGAUGCACUACUCAGAUAUCAACAUGUUCUACCUGUUCCUUGGACACUGCCUGGUGACAUUCAUUGUUGGAUUGGCACUGACGGUGAUGAUUGAGAUGCCUCUUCAAGAGUUAAAGCAGUCUUUGGCUGGCGUGAACCAACAAGUGGUUCGUUUGUAG